AGGGCCGGGCGGUGGCGUGGCGCCCGGCCUGGUCGCCGUGCCGCCUCCUCCUCCUCCUCCUCCUGGCCCCGUCGCGGCCGUGUGUGGGUGGUGCCAGACACCGAGUCCGUCCCUCGUCGGCCACACGCUCCGGGGCUGCGUCGGGCUGAGGAGCGGGCACCCUCACCAUGACGGCGGCCAUGAGGCAGCGCUUCGACCGGUUCCUGCACGAGAAGAACUGCAUGACCGCCGCGCUCGAGCGCAUCGAGAGCAAGACCGGCGUCGACCGCUCCUACAUCGCCAUCGCUCUCCUCGGGGCGCUGGCCGUGUACCUGGUGAUCGGAUACGGCGCCUCGCUGCUCUGCAACAUCAUCGGCUUCGGAUACCCCGCAUACGUGUCGAUCAAGGCCAUUGAAAGUCCCAACAAAGAUGAUGACACACAGUGGCUGACCUACUGGGUUGUGUAUGGUGUUUUCAGCGUAGCAGAAUUCUUCUCCGAUAUCUUCCUGUCCUGGUUCCCUUUCUACUACAUGCUAAAGUGUGGCUUUCUGUUGUGGUGCAUGGCUCCUAGUCCGUCUAACGGAGCAGAGUUUCUCUACCAUCGAAUCAUCCGGCCUUUCUUCCUGAAGCAUGAAGCUCAGCUGGACAAUGUUGUUAAAGAUCUGAAAGACAAGGCUGCAGAGACUGCAGAUACCAUCGCUAAAGAAGGUGAGGAAAAGACCAUUCAAUGAUCACACCAAGUAGGAAGAAUUUACCUUUGCAGCUCUAGUAUUAAAGCCAAGAAAGCAACAGUGAACUUACUGGGUGAAGAGAAGAAGAGCACUUAAACUUUAACUGGAUAAAGCUUCCCUACCACCUCCUUUAUGAAGCUUGAUGUUACUGGGAACUGUGGUAUAAUUUUAAUAAUGUUGCCUUGGAAACAUUUUGAUAUAUUAAAGGAAUGUGUUAUAAGUUUGCUUACUACUUUGCUGUUGUCUGUAUAGAGAUUGAGCAAUUUUAUUUAAAAGCAAUUCAGUGGGCAGCAUCUGAAGCUUAAUGAAAACAUUUUAUUCAUCUGAUGCAGAAAAAAUCUUUCAGUAAUCACCUUCUGCAGUAACAUAAAUAAAAAUAUAUAUCCCAGAG